AUGUUUUUAAAUUGUUAUCAAUCCCCAAUAUUUGAAGUCUAUAAUUCAAAAGAUGCAAAAAAUUCGAAUGGAAAUAAAGAAAAACUUAAACAUUACUCUAAAUUGAUAGAUCUUUAAUCUUCUGUUUAUGAAUAUAAUCCAAUCUUAAAAAGUAAAGUUUAAAUUGAUUACAACAGCAUACCUAUUAAUGACUAAAUAAGUAAAAUUACCACAAGGAAAAGAUACUGAAUUAUCAUUGGUUCAUCCUAUUAUUGGAAUUCAAGGAUACUUUAAAGAAUCUAUACAUCUUGAAUUAUUUGUUGUAGAUACAAAAUCUACUAGAAGAAGAAUUAUUUUUAAUUCUUUGAAAAAAAGUGAAUGUAAACCAUUUUUUAUUUCUUGUCCCUUGCAAUCAUAAUCAAUUUAUAAUAAUUGGGUGACAAUUUUAAUUCAAAUGCCUUCUUUUAUCUCAUAAUUUAAAGGAUCAAGUUAUAGAAGUUUAGAAUCUAUUUUAAUAUAAAGUACUUGCCAUAUUAGAAGAAUUUUUACAAUGCAAAAUUUCAAUGAGUAAUUAUUAACUUAGUUUCAAUAUCCUAUUGAAUCUAAUCCUAAAACUUUUUUGAUUUCAUUUCAAAAUGAAUAAGAAAUAUUUGCUGAAAAUAAUUAAGAUUAAUUAACAAAUAUUUAUGCACUUAAAUAAGCUAAACUUAAAUAAAUCUAAUAUGAUAUUCCAAAAGUUUAAAAGUUAACUUUAAAUCCUUAAAAAAUUCCAGAACGCUAACAUAAAGAUAUUUAAGUUGCCUCAAAAUUAAAUUCUAAGGAAAAAUCAUUAAAAAAAAAUGAAUAAAAUAAAGAAAAUGAAUUCUUAGAUAAUUCAUUUUAAAUCAAUAAAAAAUAUAAACUUUUAGAAAAUGAUGAAAUGGAUUUAAAAAAUAUUGAUUAACUUAUAAAAAUAAUAGAAUAAGAUACAAACUAAUAAAUAAAUAAAGAAAUUAAAAAUAAAAAUUAAGAAUUUAAUGAGGAAGGUGAUUUAUUUAAUAUCUUAAAUACAAUUAAUGCUAUUGAGAAUGAACAACAAUAAAAAGUAGAAAUUUUGAUAAAGAAUCCUAUUGGAUGUACUACAAUAACAAAAUAAGGUGCUAACACCUUAAUAUUAGAAAAUAGAAAAGAAUAAGAGAAUUUCGUAAAAAUAAUCUAUGAUCCAAUAUUAAAUUGUUACUUUGAUCCUUCAACAAGCAAAUGCUAUGUUUGA